GUGGUACCACACCAAACAGUUGUGUAAUUGGAGCAGUGCAUAGCGAGUGGACUGAAUUGUUGACUGAAAACCCUCAGAAACACCAGAGGACAUGACCGUGUGAGAAAUGUUGCCCCCGACUUACGUUCCAGGUUUCCACGAUGAGGCGGCCGUGAAAGCGAUGCGCUAUAAUGACCUCGGUACGACAGGUCUCAAAGUGUCCCACCUGGCACUGGGUGGCGGCGCACUCGGGCUAUACGGGGACUACCCUGAAGAGGAUGCGAUUGCUGCAGUGCGGGAGGCGAUCCGGCAGGGCAUCAACUACAUCGACACGGCACCCUUCUACGGCCUCGGGAGGUCUGAAGAAGUUCUAGGCAAGGCCCUGAAGGGCAUCCCUCGGCAGGCAUACUAUAUCGCCACCAAGGUCGGCUGCUAUACGAUGGACCCACGCACCAUGUUCGACUUCUCUGCACAGAAGACGAGAGAGAGUGUCGCGAAGAGUCUCGAGCUGCUGCAACUGGACUACGUGGACAUCAUACAGGUGCACGAUGUGGAGUUUGCUCUGAACCUGGACAUAAUUAUCCAGGAGACUCUUCCAGUGCUGCAGGAACUUGUGGCAAAGGGCAAGGCGAGGUUCAUCGGCAUCACGGGGUACCCUCUCGAGCCGCUCCGAGAGAUCAUUGAGAAGAGUGGCAGCGUGAAGGUGGACACGGUGCUGUCGUACACCAGAGACACUCUCGUAGACGAUACACUGCAGCAGCACCUGCCAUUCUUCAAGGAGUAGGGCGUGGGCGUGAUCUGCGCGGCGGGUACAGCGAUGGGCCUACUGAGUAGCGCGGGGCCACAGCCGUGGCACCCGGCAUCCCAUGAGCUGCAGGACGUGUGCAGGGCGGCAGCCGACUACUGCAAAGAGAGGGGUGUCGAGCUGGCCCGGUUGGCGAUGCACCACGCCCUGACGCGAGAGGGCCAGGCGACACACGUCGUCGGAAUCAACAGCACACAAAUCCUGCGCUCCAACCUGCAAAUCCUGCGUGACGGGCUGACUUCUAAAGAGCAGGAGGUGCUGCGCGACGUCUGA